AUGACCUUCUACGAUGCCUACCCGGAUGUGCUUGACAAAGCCAAGCAAGAUGCGAACUGCUGGGCGGCAACGGUGCACGGCAAAGAGCUACGGCUUCUGAAAGUUUUCUGCGGCUUCUUCAGAGAGGAGAUCCCAAUGUUUGAGCGCUUCCGCCACCCAAUGCUGUGGCUUGUCGAGUGGAGUGUUUUCGAGAGCUUCGUCAUCAUCCAGAUCAUCUGUAACGCCUUGGUCAUGGCACUUCCUGUUGCAUACGACGAGGCAAGUCAGCCUAGAGGUGUGGAGAACACCUACUUUGUGUUUGAGACGCUGGUCUCGGCUCUUUUCACCAUCGGCUGCACAUGCCAGAUUGCCCGGGGCCUUUUCUUCGGCGAUGCUCCGAACCGCUGCUACUUGAAAGAGCCCUCCAACUGGAGAGACGUGAUGGUGGUGCGGAGCCUGGCUCUGGACGAUGAGAGUCCUCCGUAUUUUCCGGGUCUGCGGCUCAUUCCCGAAGCCAUUACAGGGGAGGAAGUCGAAGCAGUCUCUGGGUUUCCUCAGUUGUGCCGGCUCUGGAUCUCGUGCCUUGCGAUUACCUUCGCCCUGAUCGUGGUCAGCAUGGCUGGGACAGAUUUCUUUGGCGAUGUUUAUUGGAGGCCUUCGGCCUCUGCUGAGUUGGGCACAGUCUGGGAAGAUGCUGAGCCAAGCGCCUACUUCGAGCUGCAGUUGAAGAACAUGCCGGAGCUGGAGGCGGUUCUUCAUGAGCUCACGCGGACAAGUGCAGGCUACCAAGUGAUGCCCAACGAGAAGCCGGCCAAGAAUUCUGCGGCCUAUAUUUUCAAAACAGAUCCGGACGUGCUGGAGCAGUCCCGGAACAUGCCCAAGGGGUUGAAGCGGUUGAGCGAACAAGAAGAAGCAGCGCCGUCUUGCUCGCGCAGCCCGUAA